AUGGAGAGCCUCGACCUGCUCGUCAUCGGCGCUGGCUGGAGCGGCCUUGCUGCCCUCAAGACAUACCGCGAAGUCCACCCUUCUGCCUCAGUAUGUCUGCUCGAGGGCGCAUCCUCAGUCGGUGGCGUCUGGGCCACGCACCGACUGUGGGACGGACUCAAGUCCAACAACAUGCGCGGCACGUACGAGUACUCGGACUUCCCCAUGGACGACUCCUACGGCGUCAAGCACGGCGAGCACAUCCCGGGCCACGUCGUCCAGCGGUAUCUUGAGCGAUACGCGCAGCACUUUGGCAUCGUGGAGAAUAUCCGGCUGCAGUGCCGGGUCUCAGUCGUGGAGCAUCACGACGACACUACCUGGACAGUGACCUACGUCGAUUCCACCGCAGACGGCGAUGUUGAGGUCCAGGUGCACGCGCGCAAGCUCAUCCUGGCCACGGGCAUCACGUCGCAGCCCUAUCUGGCGCACAUCCCAGGGCAGGAAACAUUCGACCGGCCGCUCUUCCACACGGUCGACAUGCCCAUCCACCACAAGUCGACCGUCCAGCAGGCCCAGAACCGCAUUGCCGUGCUGGGAGCCACCAAGUCCGCCUGGGACGCCGUCUAUACAGCUGCAUCCGCCGGCGCCCAGGUCGACUGGAUCAUCCGCGACAACGGCCACGGCCCUUGCUGGAUGGCGCCCCCCUAUGUGACUCCAUUGCACCGCUGGCUCGAGAAGCUCGUCACGACGCGCCUCCUGACCUGGUUCAGCCCGUGCAUCUGGUCUGAUCCCAUCGCCGAGCAGCCUGGCUCGCGCGUGCGUCGUUUCCUGCACGGCACCUGGCUGGGACGCAAGAUCACCGACACCUUCUGGACCAUCCUGGGCAACGACGUCGUCUCGCUCAAUAAGUUCAACUCGCACCCUGAACUGGCCAAGCUGAAGCCCUGGAUCUCGCCCUUCUGGGUGGCGUCGGGCCUCUCCAUCCUCAACUAUCCCACCAACUUCUUCGACCUCGUCACCCAGGGCCACGUCCGCAUCCACGUCGACCACAUCGACCACCUCUCCCAGGGCACAAUCCACCUCUCCAACACCCCAGACCCUCUGUCCAACAUCUCCGCCCUCAUCGUCGCCUCAGGCUGGGAACCCACACCCUCAAUCACCUUCCUCCCCGCCUCCCUCCCCUCCCUCCUCGGCUUCCCCAACGCCCCAGACCCCCUCCCCCAACCCCUCAUCAGCGCAGCCGACACAGAGAUCCUGCGCCGCUUCCCCCGCCUCGCAAAGCGCCCAACACACGCCUCCCCGUCGAAAUACUCGCCUCUGGCACCAGACGCACAGACAGAGACCCAGUCGCUGCACCCCUACCGCCUGACGCGGUUCAUGGUUCCCGCGUCGCCCCUCGCGGCCGAGCGCAGCGUCGCGUUCGCGGGCAUCGCCAUGACGAUCAAUACCCCCUUGCUUGCGCAGACUCAGGCCCUUUGGAUCGCGGCAUUCUUUUCCGACCGCUUGAGUUUGCAGGGGAUCACCACUGAGCGGUGUCCGGUGGAGCUUGCCCGGAGCUAUUGUCGGGAGGGUGGUGUUAAGAGCAGCGGGAAGGGUGUGGAUGUAGAUGUGAGUGAACAGGGUACAAAUACAGACGCGGACAUCCUAUAUGAAACGGCCCUGCACACGCAGUUCGGCGUGCAUCGGUACCCCGGGGGUCUUGGACGGAGGAAUCCGGACUUUGUCUUCGAUGCGAUUCCGUAUGUGGAUGUGCUUCUGAAGGAUCUGGGGAUUGAGGGGGCGAGGAAGAGUGACAGGGGGUGGAAGAGGUGUGUUGAGCCGUAUGGGGUGGAGGAUUAUGUUGGGCUUGUUGGGGAGUGGAGGGGGAGGGACGAGAAGAUUGUUGCGUAA